AUGAUUUCAAUUAAAAAACUAGGCUUCGGUUAAUUUGGUAGUGUUUAUUUAGUAAAAUCAAGAUAAGAUAGUAAUAAAUAUGCCCUAAAAAUAAUAUAAAAGCAAUAAAUAAUAGAAUAAUAACUCGAAAAACACUUACUUUAGGAAAAAAAGUAUUAGAAACUGCCUAAUUUCCAUUCAUAAUGUAAUUUAUAAGAACCUUUAAAGAUAAUAAUAAUAUAUAUUUUCUCAUCGAAUAUAUUUAAGGACUAGAAUUAUUUGAUGUAAUAAGAGAACUAGGUCUAUUAACUGUAUAGGAUUCUUAAUUUUACAUUGGCUCUUUAUUAUUAUGUGUUGAAUAUUUACAUACAAAUUCUAUUAUAUAUAGAGAUAUAAAACCCGAAAAUAUUAUGA